AGCCCUUUCCAUUUUUACCUCGCAGCGCUUUUAUUUUUCCGUGAAGAUUCGUUUGAUUUUUGUAUCCUUAGCAAGAAAGGGAAAAUUUGUUUUUCAUGUUGUAGAAGUAGGACCUGGACAAAAAGACACACAGCACGCGGUUGUAGUUGUGAGGACAUUUUUUUACAAAGAAUUCGAAUCACCUUCUCCUUAGCAAGCAAAAAACACUCACGAUAAAAAAAUGUCUUCCUACCGUUCCUACCACGGGCUCGAGUCCGAGUCGGAGCUCCGGUCCGAGACCGACUGGGAAGCGCAGUCCGUUUCUACGUGGAAGGUCGGGGCAAAUGACGGGGAAGGGAACUUGUUACACGGUCACCAGACCGACCAGAUGAUUGUCGACGAAUUCGAUGAAGACGAACCUGACGGAUUGUUGUGCGAGGUAAUAAUUAUGGGUUUCGCGCAUAACAGAGUGUGUGAUAUUGCGUGAUCUGUAUGACAACUUUUAGUAGUACGUUGAGUUAUUUCCUUUUUCCUACCUCAAAUACAAAACCACAAAAAGAACGACCCACAACACAGGAAGCCUGCCCCGAGUUCGCCUGUCGCUACUGUCUGACCUCCAAUCCAGAAUGCGUGGUCAAGUGCACGAUCUGCAACAAGUGGUUUUGCAACGGGAACCAAGCCACGUCCGGCGCGCACAUUGUCCACCACAUGGUCCGCGCAAAGCACCGCGAAGCCGCGCUGCACCCCAAAGGCCCCCUCGCCGACACAGCGUUAGAGUGCUACUGCUGCGGUUCCAAGAACGUCUUUCUCCUCGGUUACGUUCCGAAAAAGGAGGAUUUUGUCGUGGUCUUGAUCUGCCGGGAGCCGUGUUUGGUCCAGAACGCGUUCAAAGAUUCCCAGUGGGACACGACGAAGUGGGAACCGCUGAUUUCCAAUAUCAAAUGCAAAUAUGUCUGGGUCUGGAAGGAUGUAAGUUGUGAUGCUGCAUUUGCAUACUACAAAAAUCUGUAUUGCAUGAACAGCAAAAGAGGUCCAGUUUUUGCCACGGCGAGAGGGCAUUUCUCAUGCGGUAUAAUAGGCAUCAGAAAGUCCUCACAAAAUCUGUGAUGCUAGAGCAUGCAUCACAGACGUCAGGAGUCAUGCAAAAUGUGCAUGACAAAGUUUGCAGCCUUCCAGACCCAGACAUAUUUGCAUUUCAUAUCCAACCGGAUGUUCUUGCCCUGGUUAGUGAAGGAGCCGGACAUGAGCGACAAGAGAAGGUUAAUCACGCCCUCCCAAGUCGCGAAGUUAGAGGAGAUUUGGAAAGACAACCCCACGGCUACUUUGAAGGACAUGGAGCGGAUCGGCACGAUGAACUCGGGUGUCGAGGUAACCUGAGGAAAAACGUCCCCACCCCAUAGUCAAGAUGGAGACUUUGCAACAGAAACCUCGAAGUCGUGGGAGUGACGCAUGACAAGUUGCAGUCCGUAGUGUAUUAAUGCAUGUUAGCAAGGUCAGCCGCAUUACAAAUCCAUCUGCUCAUCCUGUUUGCAGCAUCACAAAGUGCACAGCACGACUGUAAAUGCCUCUCAUGGGGAUGCGCAUCACAAAGUUUCCUGUCAUUCCAAAUCUGCAUAACAACUCUGGGGGGGGGACGUUUUUUCUCAGGAUAGGGGGAAGAGGAAGAAACCAGACCGGUCACCCUCCGGUACGAAGACGCGUAUCAGUACCAGCACACGUUCGCACCUUUAGUGAAGAUGGAGGCGGACUAUAUCCUGAGUAAAAACGUACCCACACCAGAGUUGUAAUGCAGAUUUGCAAAGAGAGGAAGACUUGUGACGCGCAUCCCCAUGAGAGCCAUUUCCAAUCGUGUUUUGGAAUUUGUGAUGCUGUGAACAGGAUGAGCAGAUGAAUCUGUGAUGCGGCUGCACUUGCUAACCUGCACUACACUGCAUAGUGCAACUUGUCAUGCAUGACUCACAAAACUCCUAGGUUUGUGUUGCAAAAUCCCCAUCCUGACUCUGGUGUGGGUACGUUUUUACUCAGGAUAGACUACGAUAAAAGGAUGAAGGAAUCGCAAUCCCAGCAGAACGUGAAAGUCCGGUGGGACAUCGCGUUGAAUAAAAAGCGGUUAGCGAUGUUUUACUUCACGAAAGAGACGAACGACAUCCGACUGGCGCCGGGAGACGAACUACGGUUGAAGCACGAAUUUGGAAUCAAACACCCAGAAAGCGGUCAGAUGGUCAGCUGGGAGUGUCAGGGAACUGUGACGAAAAUCAACUCGCAGGAGGAGGUGUGUUUGGAGUUGAGGAACGCGGAGAAGAAAGGGCCGUGGGACAACGAGUUGGUGGAUGGGUUCACGGUGGAAUUUGUGUGGAAAUCAACCAGCUUUGACAGGAUGCAAACGGCAAUGCGCAUUUUUGCGGUGAAUGAGACGAGUGUGAGCGGGUAUGGAUAAAAUUCUUUGUUUUUGUCAUGCAUUUUUUGCAACACAGAGACAGAGACUGCGACUUUGUGAAUCAAAAAAUCCAGAGCUGGUGUCCUGCAUUUGUCAUGCAAACAUCCCAUCACCUUCAAUUCAAACAGGUACCUCUACCACCGCCUACUCGGUCACGAUCCGGAGCAGCAUAUGCAUUGCAAAUAUGUCUGGGUCUGGAAGAAUUCGAAUCUGUGAUGCGAAGUCUACAUCAUGACAAAACCUGUCAUGCAUGGCUAGCAAAAGGCUACCCUACAGUUCUUGUUGCUGAAAGAGGGGAUUUGUCAUGCGGAUUAGGCAUUGGGGUACCUACUCAAAAUCUGUAAUGCUAGGGCUUGCAUGCCAGACGAUCUGGGUCAGGCAAAAACUGCAUGACAGAUCUCGCAUUCUUCCAGACCCAGACACUUUUGCAUUUGAUACAGCAAGAAAUCCGUCAAUACCUCAACGUCCGCCACUACCAGGCCCCAAAUCUCCCGGCUUUGAACCACUCCCAAUCCUACGCGGUGAAAAAAGCGCUCUACUCCCCCCUGCAGCUCAUCCAGGGCCCACCCGGAACUGGUAAAACCGUCACAAGUGCGACCAUCGUGUACCACAUGUGUCGGAACGCGCAGGAACACUGCAGACAGGAGCGGAUUUCCCCCCAGCACGCGCAGGUUUUAGUCUGCGCGCCGUCGAACAUCGCGGUGGAUCAGUUGGCGGAAAAGUUGCACAAGACCGGGUUAUCCGUUGUCCGAGUGGUCGCCCGUUCCCGCGAGCACAUCCCUUCGAACGUCGAGUAUUUGUGCUUACACAGACAAAUAGCACACUUAGACACAGUAUCAACUGCGAAAAUGUCUGGGUCUGGAAGAUUGCUACAUUUGUCAUGCAUGUCUGACAUGACUCAAGAAUCUGUAAUGCAGGAGCGCGAAGCGGUCCUCUUAGUUGUCAUGCAAAAACGCAGUUUGCCAUGCGCAACACGCAACACAUAGGAGCCCAAAAACUUGUCAUGCUUGGCUCCGUAUUUAAUUGCAGUGGAGCCCUCAUUCACUUUUAGCAUUACAAGUUUCCAGACCCCGACAUAUUUGCAUUUGAUACACAGCGGAUAACAAGCAAUUGCAAAGACUGGCGGAGUUGAAGAACAGGAUGGGUGGGGAGUUGAACGCGGAGGAUGAAAAAACAAUGAGGAAUUUGACCAUGAAAUGCGAAAAACUUUUAUUGAUGUCGGCGAACGUGAUUUGCACAACGUGUGUCGGUGCGGGCGACGUGAGGUUGCAGCAGAUGAGGUUCCGCCAGGUUUUAAUCGAUGAAUCCACGCAAGCGACAGAACCGGAAUGCUUGAUCCCGAUUACAAACGGGGCGAAGCAGGUACUACACUAGAGUGCAUUUCAUCGAGUGAUCCUGCAUCACAAAUUUUUUUCAAUUUUUUUGCUGCUUCGUGCAUAUUGGGAGCGAACUUUUGUCUUGCAUGAAACACAUCAACACUAGCAUAAAUUCCCAGGUCGUCCUGGUCGGAGAUCACUGCCAGUUAGGUCCGGUGAUCAUGUGCAAGCGCGCCGCCAAAGCCGGUCUCCACCAAUCUCUCUUCGAGCGAUUAGUCCACUUAAACGCCCGCCCGAUCCGCUUAGAGGUCCAAUACCGUAUGCACCCCUGCCUCUCCGAGUUUCCAUCUCACUCCUUCUACGACGGCUCGCUGCAAAACGGAGUGACAUUAAAAGACCGCACCUACCACGACAUGGGCGGCUUCCCCUGGCCGAAGCCCAGCAUGCCGAUGUUUUUCUACAAUUCCACUGGUUUAGAGGAGAUUUCGGUUUCCGGGACCAGUUAUUUGAACCGCACGGAGGCGUCGAAUAUCGAAAAGAUUAUCGCGUACUUUUUGAAAGCCAGGAUCAAGCCGGAACAGAUCGGGGUCAUCACGCCCUACGAGGGGCAACGGUCGUACAUCACGACUUUGUUGCAAAGAUCCGCAACCGUGAUGCAGACCCGAGGGUUCGAGGAGAUUGAGGUGGCGAGUGUGGACUCGUUUCAGGGACGGGAGAAGGACUUUAUCAUUUUGAGUUGCGUGAGGAGCAACACAAAUUUAGGUAUAAAUAGAUGCUUUUUUGAAAUAGUUGCUGUUUUUGCCUUGGUCAUUGGGCGCUUGCGCUUCACCUGUGUUCUUUCAGUUGAUUUUUUUGAACACUUACUGCCAAUUAAAAUUAUGGCAUCGAUUUCAACACUUUUCCAAUACCUACCACCACUCUCAGGUAUCGGUUUCCUGAACGACCCGCGCCGUCUCAAUGUCGCCCUGACCCGCGCCAAGUACGGAUUGGUGAUCUGUGGUAACGCGAAAGUCCUUGCCAAAGUCUACAAGGGCACCUCUCUCUGGCUCAACCUCCUCGCGCACAUGAAGAAGUCCGACUUAGUCGUCGAGGGCCCUUUAGCGAAUUUGAAGUCUUCGAAUCUCGAGUUGGAAGCGGCCCCGAUGCGCAUCGGCGGAAACAUGAUGAUGAACGGAGGUGGGCCGAUGGGUCCGAGUUCUGGACCUGGGUUUGGUGGAAACGGACCGCAGAUGGGCGGCGGUGGAUACGGGGGCAUGAACGGUGGAGGGGGCGGAUACGGAUACAACGGAAACGGAGGACCGCCGGUUAAUAACCAGAAUUAUGGGGGAAAUGUGAACCAGAACGUAAAUGCGCAGCAGGGCGGUUACAUGAACAAUAACGAUGGCGGUGGAGGACCACAGCAGAACAAUUACAACGACGGUGGACCAUACGGAAAUCAACCUAAUGGAGCAACCAUGAACGGCUACAGCAACGGGAACGGGAUGGGCGGCGGGCCACCGGGUGGUGGACCACAGCACUACGGAAACUACGGCGGACCUCCGCAGUACGGCGCGCAGCAGCUUCCGGACGGGCUCGUUGGUGCACCAAGGUCGUACUUGUCCAGCAACCAGAGAUGGUAGAGCGAGAAGUAUUCGCAACAGUAGUUGUGAGGAAUCUUAGAUGAGAUCCAGAAGUAGACAAGUAGAACGACUACACUAAUAAACGCGGACCAAUGCUUCUGAAAGGAUUCUGGACAAAGAAAUCGAGGAGUAGCUGUGGAUGAACCUUGGGAAGGCCCCGGGGCGGAGGAGCAUGACGUCGAAAUUGCAGGGCGCUCUUUUCUUGCAGCGCAUCUGCUCUGGCGUCGGAAAGCAGCGGACAGGAAAUGUGCGAGCAACUACACGACGAGCAUCUUAUCACGGAAACAGCCCUGCUUCGCUCGUCGAACGAAGGAACCGCAGCCACGGACAGCGUCAACGAAGGGCUUGGGGCGGAACGAGCUGACACGCGAAAUCAGCGAGAAGUGCACUCGACAGUGCAAGAACCAGCGACGUUGGGACGGAAAAAGCAGGCACUGCCAUUGUGAACUGCGCAAAUCAGCACGAACUAGUUCGGACCGGCCCGCGGGUGCGGUUCCUCGUUCGACGAAGAGCAAGGGCAGACCAGAUACUUAUAAUUCCGCCGCGGUGGGAUCUGAAGGGCGGGGUGGUUCACAGUGAGACUCGAAGAAACAAAGGAUUUAGUACUAUACCUCGCGAAGCACUGGAGUAUAGUGAAAACACAAUUUCAAUUUCAAAGAAGAAGUAGCGACUACAAGAAAAGAAAAUUUCAAAGAAAUAAUGACGAGCAAGCGCUAGAAGUUCCAGUGCUGAGAAUACAUUUUCAUUUUCCCGCCCCACUAGAAGCUGCAUACCAUUGAUCGAAAUGAACAGGGAGAAGCGAAUCUUACUUGAAUUUUUACCUCAAUGUACAAGACCAAUUGCAAGUGUUAUGCGUUUCAUCUUGGUUAAGAAUGCAGCAGUUUCUCUCUUUCGAUGCAAUUGGCAUCGCAAAACUGCAAGAUGGUGGUUACUUUUCCAGAACACUUCGCUAAUGCUGCUCCUACCAAUUGCUGAACCUGAUACGCAGAGUAGAUGAACAGAAGAAGUUCCACUUCUAUUGCUGUUGCAAGAUUCAAUCGCAGCACCGCCACCGGACGACUAUUUUGGUUUUGUGCAUUCUGAAUCUGAAUCACAAUGGGAAUGCAGCGACCUUUUCCCACCCAAAACGACGACCACGACAUGUUUAUCAACCCCGUUUGAAGAAGUUUUCAACAAAACUGCGAAACUUUUCAAUUUUUCAAAACAUAAAGACAAGCCGAC